UGAAAAUUCACUGGUCGAACUACUCUUUAUAGAUUCAUUUCAACAAUAUGUUCAAAAUAUGAUUAAACAAUCCGUUUUCACGUCUUCAAUUUAGGAUUAGUUGAACUCAGUUUGUUUUUACUUAUUUCAUCAGAUCAAUAUUUUCAUUUUAGUUAAGAUAAAGAGAACCACGCUUAGGGAAAAGAGAUACUCCUACAGAGGCCUGUGUAGUUAGUUGUGCACUUUUUUAAUUCUUAAGCGGCUACUAUCAAGCCAUCAUGAAAUACUUUGCAGCAGUACUGAGUCUUUUAUUGAGCUGUUUCACGGUUAUACAUGGUGAUCAAUUGAAGGCAGUUGUAGCGAUUGUAAAUCAUGGAGAUACGAUACCUUCGAAGUUCUAUCCGAACGAUCCAUAUCAAGAUCCAGAAAUUUGGCAGAAACCCCUAGGACAACUGAGUAAUCUCGGCGAGCAGCAGUCCUUCGCAGUGGGCCAAUGGUUCCUCAAGAGAUACAUCCUCAAAAACCCCUUCAUCAGUCUCCAAUACAACGCCUCCCAAAUCUACACCUACGCAGAAGAUCGAGAUGAAUCUCUCAUGUCCGCUGAAUGCAUCAUGGCUGGUUUUCUUCCACCUGUUGCUGACGAAAUUUGGAACAGAAAACUCCCAUGGCGACCUACUCCAGUACACAAUGCUCCACUCUUCCUGGACUACUCCAUAGGCAGAGGCGUGGGUUGUCCAAGAUUCGAGCAGGAAGCCAUUAAGGUUAUACACGGAAGGUACUAUAGGACACACAACAAAGAAGAGAAGAACCUCCUCCAGUACUUAACGGCCGAAACUGGAAAAAAAUUCACCAACAUAGGACAGAUCCCUGCUCUUUACAACAUCUUGCAAGUCGAACAAAACCACAAUCUCACCCUUCCCCAAUGGACAGAGUCCGUGUUUCCUGAACUUCUCGGGAAGAUAGUCCUGGAAGAUUCUAUCCUCAGGACUAAGAACCCAGAAUUGGCAACUCUUUCCAUUGGACCUUUGUUCUUCCAGAUCGCCAAGCAGUUUCAAGACGUGAUUGACAACAGUCCAAAGGUCGGUGUCAGUCUUGGGGACAUAAGGAAGUUCAGGUUAUUCGUGGCAAACAGCAGUCUCAUCUAUGAUACCCUGCACGCUCUGAAAGUACCAUCAGUUGGAGUUGUGCCUUUCAGUGCAACUCUCAUUUUCGAACUUUGGGAAGCACCAGAGGGCACUAACUAUGUCAAGCUGAUUUAUAGGAACUCUCCAGCAUUGCACGCUGCUGCCAAAACCUUGAAGAUCGGCGGUUGUAAGGCUGUUAAAUGUCCUUAUCCAACUUUCAACUCGACCAUCAACAAUUUCGCCGUGAAUUUCACUCAGUGGGAAAAUCUUUGCAAUCGUCCUGUUGCAACGACAGCGGUCAACGAGGUAUUACCAGCUCAACCAACUAACGUUACUGCGUGAGAAGGAAAUUGCUUAAAAGAUUGAGAAUGAUUAUCCUAGGUAUUCCGCUACCUAUUUAUUCACUGAGCCUUGUUUUAUAUGUUAAUAUAUGUCAGUUUGAAAAUUU